GACCAGAGGCCUGCGGCGCACCGGCGUGGGGCGGGGCCAGCGGAGCCUCCCGGGCUGCCGCGCGGCAGCCGGCUUCCGGCUGUGGGUGGUGCGGGGGACGGCGGCGGCCGGAAGCUGGCUGAGCCGGCCUUUGGUAACGCCACCUGCACUUCCGGGGGCGUCGAGCCUGGCGGUAGAAUCUUCCCAGUAGGCGGCGCGGGAGGGAAAAGAGGUUUGAGGGGCUAGGCCGGGCGGAUCCCGUCCUCCCCCGAUGUGAGCAGUUUUCCGAACCCCCGUCAGGCGAAGGCUGCCCAGAGAGGUGGAGCCGGUAGCCGGGCCGGGAACAUGAGGCAGUCUCUCCUAUUCCUGACCAGCGUGGUUCCUUUCGUGCUGGCGGCGCGACCUCCGGAAGACCCGGGCUUCUGCCCCCACCAGAGACUCGAGAAGCUUGAUUCUUUGCUCUCAGACUACGAUAUUCUCUCUUUAUCUAAUAUCCAGCAGCAUUCGGUAAGAAAAAGAGAUCUACAGACUUCAACACAUGUAGAAACACUACUAACUUUUUCAGCUUUGAAAAGGCAUUUUAAAUUAUACCUGACAUCAAGUACUGAACGUUUUUCACAAAAUUUCAAGGUCGUGGUGGUGGAUGGUAAAAAUGAAAGCGAGUACACUGUGAAAUGGCAGGACUUCUUCACUGGACAUGUGGUUGGUGAGCCUGACUCUAGGGUUCUAGCCCACAUAAGAGAUGAUGAUGUUAUAAUCAGAAUCAACACAGAUGGAGCCGAAUAUAACAUAGAGCCACUUUGGAGAUUUGUUAAUGAUACCAAAGACAAAAGAAUGUUAGUUUAUAAAUCUGAAGAUAUCAAGAAUGUUUCACGUUUGCAGUCUCCAAAAGUGUGUGGUUAUUUAAAAGUGGAUAAUGAAGAGUUGCUCCCAAAAGGGUUAGUAGACAGAGAACCACCUGAAGAGCUUGUUCAUCGAGUGAAGAGAAGAGCUGACCCAGAUCCCAUGAAGAACACGUGUAAAUUAUUGGUGGUAGCAGAUCAUCGCUUCUACAGAUACAUGGGCAGAGGGGAAGAGAGUACAACUACAAAUUACUUAAUAGAGCUAAUUGACAGAGUUGAUGACAUCUAUCGGAAUACAUCAUGGGAUAAUGCGGGUUUUAAAGGCUAUGGAAUACAGAUAGAGCAGAUUCGCAUUCUCAAGUCUCCACAAGAGGUAAAACCUGGUGAAAAGCACUACAAUAUGGCAAAAAGUUACCCAAAUGAAGAAAAGGAUGCUUGGGAUGUGAAGAUGUUGCUAGAGCAAUUUAGCUUUGAUAUAGCUGAGGAAGCAUCUAAAGUUUGCUUGGCACACCUUUUCACAUACCAAGAUUUUGAUAUGGGAACUCUUGGAUUAGCUUAUGUUGGCUCUCCCAGAGCAAACAGCCAUGGAGGUGUUUGUCCAAAGGCUUAUUAUAGCCCAGUUGGGAAGAAAAAUAUCUAUUUGAAUAGUGGUUUGACCAGCACAAAGAAUUAUGGUAAAACCAUCCUUACAAAGGAAGCUGACCUGGUUACAACUCAUGAAUUGGGACAUAAUUUUGGAGCAGAACAUGAUCCGGAUGGUCUAGCAGAAUGUGCCCCGAAUGAGGACCAGGGAGGAAAAUAUGUCAUGUAUCCCAUAGCUGUUAGUGGCGAUCACGAGAACAAUAAGAUGUUUUCAAACUGCAGUAAACAAUCAAUCUAUAAGACCAUUGAAAGUAAGGCCCAGGAGUGUUUUCAAGAACGCAGCAAUAAAGUGUGUGGGAACUCGAGGGUGGAUGAAGGAGAAGAGUGUGAUCCUGGCAUCAUGUAUCUGAACAACGACACCUGCUGCAACAGUGACUGCACGUUGAAGGAAGGUGUCCAGUGCAGUGAUAGGAACAGUCCUUGCUGUAAAAACUGUCAGUUUGAGACUGCCCAGAAGAAGUGCCAGGAGGCGAUUAAUGCUACUUGCAAAGGCGUGUCCUACUGCACAGGUAAUAGCAGUGAGUGCCCGCCUCCGGGAAAUGCUGAAGAUGACACUGUUUGCUUGGAUCUUGGCAAGUGUAAGGAUGGGAAAUGCAUCCCUUUCUGCGAGAGGGAACAGCAGCUGGAGUCCUGUGCGUGUAAUGAAACUGACAACUCCUGCAAGGUGUGCUGCAGGGACCUUUCUGGCCGCUGUGUGCCCUACGUCGAUGCUGAACAAAAGAACUUAUUUUUGAGGAAAGGAAAGCCCUGUACAGUAGGAUUUUGUGACAUGAAUGGCAAAUGUGAAAAACGAGUACAGGAUGUAAUUGAACGAUUUUGGGAUUUCAUUGACCAGCUGAGCAUCAAUACUUUUGGAAAGUUUUUAGCAGACAACAUCGUUGGGUCUGUCCUGGUUUUCUCCUUGAUAUUUUGGAUUCCUUUCAGCAUUCUUGUCCAUUGUGUGGAUAAGAAAUUAGAUAAGCAGUAUGAAUCUCUGUCUCUGUUUCACCCCAGUAAUAUCGAAAUGCUGAGCAGCAUGGAUUCCGCAUCGGUUCGCAUUAUCAAACCCUUUCCUGCGCCCCAGACUCCAGGCCGCCUGCAGCCUGCCCCUGUGAUCCCUUCGGCGCCAGCAGCUCCGAAACUGGACCACCAGAGAAUGGACACCAUCCAGGAAGACCCUAGCACAGACUCACAUAUGGACGAGGAUGGGUUUGAGAAGGACCCCUUCCCAAAUAGCAGCACAGCCGCCAAGUCAUUUGAGGAUCUCACGGACCAUCCGGUCACCAGAAGUGAAAAGGCUGCCUCCUUUAAACUGCAGCGUCAGAAUCGUGUUGACAGCAAAGAAACAGAGUGCUAAUUUAGUUCUCAGCUCUUUUGACUUAAAUGUGCAAAAUAUUUUUAUAGAUUUGACCUACAAUCACAGCUUAUAUUUUGUGAAGACUGGGAAGUGACUUAACAGCAGAUGCUGGUCAUGUGUUUGAACUUCCUGCAGGUAAACAAUUCUUGUGUGGUUUGGCCCUUCUCCUUUUGAAAAGGUAAGGUGAAGGUGAAUCUAGCUUAUUUUGAGGCUUUCAGGUUUUAGUUUUUUAAAUAUCUUUUGACCUGUGGUGCAAAAGCAGAAAAUACAGCUGGAUUGGGUUAUGAAUAUUUACGUUUUUGUAAAUUAAUCUUUUAUAUUGAUAACAGCACUGACUAGGGAAAUGAUCAGUUUUUUUUUUAUACACUGUAAUGAACCGCUGAAUAUGAGGCAUUUGGCAUUUAUUUGUGAGGACAACUGGAAUACAAUAGUUUUUUUUUUUUUUUUGCCUUCAACUAAAAACAAAGGAGAUAAAUCUAGUUAUACAUUGUCUCUAAAUUGUGGGUCUAUUUCUAGUUAUUACCCAGAGUUUUUAUGUAGCAGGGAAAAUACACAUCUAAAUUUAGAAAUCAUUUAGGUUAAUAUGGUUCUUCAUAAUUCUAAGACUAAUGCUCUCUAGAAAUCUAACCACCUGCGUUACAGUGAGGGUUAUACAUGGUAGCCAGUUGAAUUUAUGGAAUCUACCAACUGUUUAGGGCCCUGAUUUGCUGGGCAGUUUUUCUGUAUUUUAUAAGUAUCUUCAUGUAUCCCUGUUACUGAUAGGGAUACAUGCUCUUAGAAAAUUCACUAUUGGCUGGGAGUGGUGGCUCAUGCCUGUAAUCCCAGCACUUGGAGAGGCUGAGGUUGUGCCACUGUACUCCAGCCUGGGUGACAGAGUGAGACUCUGCCUCAAAAAAAACAAAAAAAAAUUCACUAUCUACAAAACCUAGAAUAUUUAAAAUACAAAGAUUGCCUGUUUUCAAACACUAGUGAGUAAGAGGGUGAGAUAUUUCUUAACAACAACAACAAAAAAAACCAGGUUGUUUUGAACAGGCUGAGUGUGAUGAGCCAGCCAGGAGACACAAUACUACCUGCCCCUGCCAUUAGGGUUGGGGGCUGAUUGAUACUUCAGAAACCCUUUUUAUUGACCCACAAGCAGAUAUUUGAAUUACUUCUUACUUUAUUGCUCCAGGAUUCUGGAUGGGCUGCAUUUACUGUGUGAAGGAUAAAAAUCAAUAGCCUGAAUUCUGAUUUCUAUAAAUUGCCAUUAAAAGCUUUUUUCCCCUAAGAACUGAAAUGUGCUACCAGCCAAAACAUUUUAACUUGUCAACUUUGAGGGCAAUUAACCAAACCUGUGACUAAUCAUAUCUCCCCCUACCCCCCAUUUCCAAGGACAUUUGUUACUCAGAUACUUGUUAUACUAAUACUUGAACUUGUACCUUAUGGUAUUUGCUAUCUUUUAACUAGUCAUGGUAUUCUUAUACUUUAGUUACACUUUUGGAAUUUGAUACAAAGUUGAGUGGGGUGUGUGGGUGUAUGUAUGAGUGAAACAGUUCUCAAAAGAAUGUAAGAAAACGAUUUUUAUAAAAUUGUGACUUUUAAAAAAAUAGUCUUUGUCAUUUAUAGAAUUAACAAGCUGCUCAGGGUAUAUUUUAUAGCUGUAGCACUGAUAUCUGCAUUAAUAAAUACUGUCAAAACACAA